CUGUAUCAUGAUGUGGAACAUCGCCGUCACAUAAUUUAAAAGUCCAUUUGGAAAAAAAUAAUCAAGAAAACAACUUGUUUGAAGAAAAAAAAUAAUUUUAGACAGAGAAUUGUUUCAUCAAGCUUUUGCAGGUUCUCAAGAGAGGGAAAGAGCUUACAGAGAUGGGUGGACAACCCUAUUCAGCUCUUGUAUUGGCUUCCCGUGCUUUCUUCUUCUUCUUCUUCUUUGCCUUAACUCAAGCCCAGAAUCAAUCUGAAGCCACUUUAUAUCCCAAUGAAGCAAGGGCAUUGAAUACGCUGUUUGCGAAAUGGGGAGUGAGAGCCGACACGAGUCAAUGGAACAUAAGUGGAGAACCGUGCAGUGGUUCAGCCAUAGAUUCAAUCCUGUUCACUGACACUGGGUACAAUCCGCUGAUCAAAUGCGUCUGUAGUUUCGCCAACAACACCCGUUGCCGGAUUGACCAAUUGAAAGUUUUCUCUUUGGAUGUUGUUGGUACGAUACCGGAUGAGCUAUGGGAGUUGACUUACCUCUAUAAUUUGGAUUUGCGGGAAAAUUACCUCUCAGGCUCGCUGUCUCCACGUAUUGGAAAUCUAAGUCGCAUGAAAUACCUGAGCUUUGGCAACAACCAACUUUCAGGGGAGCUGCCAAAGGAACUUGGUGAACUAACACAAUUGUUAUCCUUGUCUAUUUCGCAAAAUAAUUUCUCUGGUGCUCUCCCACCUGAACUUGGGAAUUUAGAGAAAUUACAACAACUCUAUAUUGAUAGCUCUGGAGUUAGCGGCGAGAUUCCUCCCACAUUUGCUAAUCUACAGGAAUUGAUUACUGUGUAUGCAUCAGACACUGAACUCACAGGAAGUAUACCCGAUUUUAUAGGAAAUUGGUCAAACCUAAACACAUUGAGGUUACAAGGGAACUCCUUUCAAGGUUAUAUACCACCAACAUUUGUCAAUCUUUCGGCUAUGAUUGAGUUGCGUAUAAGUGAGCUAAGUAAUGGCAGCUCGUCUCUUGACUUUAUCAAGAACAUGAAGAAUCUAACUGUCCUAGUACUGAGGAAUAACAACGUAACUGGAUCGAUUCCGUCCAAUUUAAAUGAAUACCAGAAAUUGUCCCAACUAGAUUUGAGCUUCAACAAUAUAACCGGGGAGAUCCCAGCCUCCCUUUUCAAUAUGACUUCACUUGAUUAUCUAUUUCUUGGAAACAAUAAGUUGAGUGGUAGGCUUCCCGGGCAGAAAAGCACAACUCUGCUCAAUGUAGAUUUAUCUUACAAUUUUUUAGCAGGGAGUCUUCCUUCAUGGGUCAAUCAGAAUAAUUUACAGCUUAAUCUAAUCGGAAACAACCUGACAAUAGGAAGUUCUCGAAACAGUUUGGAAUGCCUUCAAAGGAACUUUCCUUGCAAUCGAGGCCUACCAAUCUAUUAUAACUUCUCAAUCAACUGUGGAGGUCCUCAAAUCACAACUUCUCAGGGCAUCAAGUAUGAGAGGGAGAACGAGAGGGUGGGUCCCGCUUCGUUCUUUGUUACAGACACCAAAAGAUGGGCAGUGAGCAAUAUCGGACUCUUCACUGGAAACAACAAUCCACGCUACCAAAGCUCCACUCCCUCCCAGUUCACAAACACUUUGGACUCUGGACUCUACCAAACAACAAGGCUUUCUGCUUCCUCAUUAAGGUAUUACGGUCUUGGCCUUGAGAAUGGUAACUAUACCGUUACCCUUCGGUUUUCAGAAACUGCCUUUGAAGAUGCCCGCACUUGGAAAAAUCUUGGAAGGCGUGUAUUUGAUAUCUACAUCCAGGGGAUUCUUGUACGCAAAGAUUUUGACAUACGAAAGCAGGCGGGUGGGCUCUUAUCCCAAGUUAUUGAUCUGCCACUAAAGGCUCGUGUAUCAGAAAAUUACCUUGAAGUCCAUCUCUUUUGGGCAGGAAAAGGGACUUGCUGUGUACCUACCCCAGGUACAUAUGGACCUGCAAUUUCUGCAAUCAGUGCUACACCAGAUUUUGUACCUACUGUAAGUAACAUAUCUCCAGCCACUGGAGAUGGGAAGAACAAGACUGGUCUCAUUGUGGGGCUCGCAGUUGGCGCUGGAAUUUUAAGUUUUGUAUCUGUUUUGGUGGCCUUCAUAAUUAUUCGAAGGAGGAGACGGGCUUACGACGAUGAUGAAGAGCUCUUAGGUAUGGAUGUCAAACCUUUCACUUUCACCUACGAAGAACUAAAGUUGGCAACAAACGACUUCAGUGCUGAUAAUAAACUGGGAGAGGGAGGAUUUGGACCGGUCUAUAAGGGAACACUCCAAGAUGGAAGAGAUAUUGCUGUGAAGCAACUGUCAGUGACAUCCCACCAAGGAAAAGCACAGUUUGUGGCAGAAAUCGCCACAAUAUCUUCUGUCCAACACCGUAAUCUUGUGAAGCUAUACGGAUGCUGCCUUGAGGCUAAUAAAAGACUCCUUGUGUAUGAGUAUCUCCCAAACAAGAGUCUUGACAAAGCGCUGUUUGGAAGUAAGAGCUUGGAUAUCAACUGGUCAACCCGUUACGAGAUUUGCUUGGGUGUGGCAAGGGGUCUUGCGUAUCUCCACGAGGAGUCACGGCUUCGGAUUGUACAUAGAGACGUGAAGUCGAGCAACAUUUUACUCGAUGCCAAUCUUGUCCCUAAAAUAUCUGAUUUUGGCUUAGCGAAGCUGUAUGAUGACACAAAGACCCACAUAAGCACACGUGUUGCUGGAACAAUAGGUUAUCUUGCCCCGGAGUAUGCCUUGCGUGGCCACCUUACAGAGAAAAUCGAUGUCUUUGCCUUUGGUGUCGUGGCUCUUGAGAUUGUAAGUGGCAGACCGAAUUCCGAUCCCAACUUGGAGGAAGAACAAAUGUAUCUUCUUGAUUGGGCAUGGAAUCUAUACGAAGAAAAACAAACACAUAAACUCGUGGAUUCAAGGCUAUCGGAGUACAACGAGGAAGAGGUCAAACAGAUGAUAGGAGUGGCACUUUUGUGCACGCAAACAUCUCCAUCACUACGACCAUCUAUGUCGCGGGCCGUGACAAUGCUCCUAGGAGACGCUGAGGUCAGCUCUGACAUUUCGCGUCCCGGGUAUCUCACCGAUUGGAAAUUUGAUGAUGUAAGCAGCAUAGUGAGUGUCGGUUUAUCCAUGGGAAGUGAAACCACUUACUACAACACUUCUAGGGGAGGAACAAGCGACCACGAGGCAACAUUGUCCCUUGUUGGUUCGGCGCAACCCAGCUUUGUCCACUCAAAUGUUCAACAGGAAUAGUGAGGUUUUCUAAAGUUCAUCUUUGCACGUGUUUGAGAUUGUAUGUUAUAAAUUUGGAUAUAUGAUGUUAUUGUAUAUCUAUCAUGGGGUAAAAGCAUGGGUGCCUCCCGUGGUUUAUAAAAGAAGCGCCAAAACCUCUACUUUCAAAAGUUGGUUUUAAAAUAGUGCACGGAUGCCCCCUCUUGCCUAUUUUUAGACAUAAAAUGACAUUUCUGCC